AUGCCUGCUAGAUUUCGGGAUUUUAUCUGCACAACUCAAGAAGUGCAGCUGCCUGCUUCCUUUGGAGAAGCUAGUCAAUCACAGGCUUGGAAUUCAGCCAUGGCUGAGGAACUUGAUGCUAUGGCCCGGAAUGGGAAAGAUGAACACAGAAUUGUCGAAAUAAAGCAGACACUGCAUGAACAAUUUACCAUAAAGGAUCUUGGAGCUGCUUCCUAUUACUUGGGUCUUGAAUUACGACGAGGUAAUGAUGGAAUUCGUGUUUCUCAAUCCAAAUUCACUAAUGAUCUCCUCGAAGAAUUUCAGGUGUCUCAAAAUUUUCGUGCUCAUACUCCUCUUGGCACUAUAAAGCCGCUGCACCGCGAUAGCGUUCUCUUUAGCCAGCCACAUCUCUUUCGAAAACUGGUUGGAAAAUUGAUUUAUCUUGGAUUUUCUCGCACGGAUUUAAGUUUUGCAGUGCAACAACUCAGUCAAUUUAUGCAUGCCCCGACAGAAGACCAUUGGCUCGCUGCCACUCACAUCCUUCAGUACUUGCGCAACACCUCGUCGCUUGGUCUUUUCUUUCCAACCCGCAGUCCCUUGGAGCUUACUGGUUACUGUGACUCAGAUUGGGGGAAUUGUCUUGAUACUCGUCGUUCGUUAAGUGGAUACUGUGUGUUUUUUGGUGGUACCUGGAUUGCAUGGAAAACUAAAAAGCAGCAGGCUGUGUCUAAAUCAUCUACCGAGGCAGAGUAUCGCAACAUUGUUGUGGCAAUCUCGGAACUCCUUUGGAUCCAUUAUGUUCUUGAGUCGCUUCGUGUAUCGGUUCCUCGUCCCAUUCCUUUGUACUGUGACAAUGAAUCUGCCAUAACGUUGGUUGCUGAUAUCUUCACAAAAAGCUUGUGCGCGCCUCUUUUUCUCCGGCAUUGUGGCAAGCUCAAUUUGGAGGGUUUCGCUUGCAGAGGGAUGUAA